GAACAUAAAUGUUGCUGGGAACAAUGGGGUUUGGUUGCUGCAACCCAUUCCAAAAAAGCUGGGGUACUUUGAUGGAUUUAACGGCAGCAACACAUCUCAAAAAAGUGGGGAAAGUAAAUGAUAAUUUCAACACCUCCAUCCUCUUCAUGAUGAAGAUGUUGACUGCGUCUUCACUUCUCUGUGCCGUGAUGGCUCUGACCACAGCAGCUGCUCUUUCAGGCGCAGUGGUACCAGUUCAUGAUGUAGGACAUUCCUGCCCUGGUGGUUGGAAUCUGAUCAUCGAUCGUUGUUUCCUCUAUGUCCCAAGAGAAAUGAGUUGGGCCAGGGCUGAGAAAAACUGCCAGUCCUUGGGUGCAAACCUUGCAUCUGUACACAGAGCAGAGGAGUACCACGGCAUUAAGAAGAUGAUCUCUGACAGGACUCACGGACAUCCAGAGACAUGGCUCGGAGGCUCUGACAGUGAAGAGGAGGGCGUUUGGUUCUGGAGUGACGGUUCUCCUUUCAGCUUCUCAUACUGGUGCAGAGGCGAGCCAAACAACCGCCUCAAACAGCACUGUCUACAGAUGAACCAUGGAGACGACAAAUGCUGGGAUGAUGAAAAGUGUCACCAUGGCCUUCCCUCUGUCUGUGCCAAAUAUCCUGCAUAAUUCCUGCAUGAAGUGUCUUUAAAAGGCACAAAACUCAACUGACAGAUAUUAACCUCUUUAGUUUAUAUAUAUAUUUUCUUUUCAAUGCAACAACACUGCCAGUGAAAUGGAGCACAAAAUAGGAGUGAUUAUUU